CAGUGCUGGGCAAGCAGCUACCGCUGCUUACUUUUUAGUGAGCGCUUUCACACCUUGGUCGGCUUCCAGCACGCACAGGUUUAUCAAACGGAUGCUGAGCUCCCACUAAUAGUGGAAUGGAUAACAGCUAUGGCCCACUGUAAUCCACGGUCGCCAACCUCAUCAUCCCCUGAUGAUGUCAACCUGGGUCCUUCAGCAAACCCUCAUGCCAAGCCCACUGACUUUGACUUCUUGGCUGUCAUUGGCAAAGGGACCUUUGGAAAGGUCCUGCUUGCCAAGCUCAAAGACACCAAACAAUUCUAUGCUGUCAAAGUGCUGCAGAAGAAAGUCAUCUUGAAGAAAAAGGAGCAAAAAAACAUCAUGGCAGAGCGAAACGUGCUGCUAAAAAGUCUACAACACCCCUUCCUGGUUCGGCUACAUUACUCCUUCCAGACUACAGAGAAGCUCUACUUUGUACUCGAUUAUGUGAAUGGAGGAGAACUCUUCUUUCAUUUGCAGCGUGAGAGAUGUUUCUCCGAGCCUAGAGCAAGGUUCUACACUGCAGAGGUGGCAAGCGCUAUCGGCUACCUUCACUCACUCAACAUUGUCUACAGGGAUUUGAAGCCAGAAAAUAUCCUCUUGGAUUCUCAGGGCCAUGUAGUGCUGACAGAUUUUGGCCUCUGCAAAGAAGGUGUGGAGCCAGAGGGGACCACCUCAACGUUCUGUGGAACACCAGAGUACUUAGCACCAGAAGUUCUUCGCAAGGAACCGUAUGAUAGGACAGUUGACUGGUGGUGUCUUGGAGCUGUGCUCUAUGAAAUGAUAUACAGUCUGCCUCCUUUCUACAGCCGUGACGUCGGUGAAAUGUAUGAUGCCAUUCUCCAUAAGCCUCUGCUGCUCCCACCAGGAAAAUCUGAGGCCGUGUGCUCUCUGCUAGAGGGUCUCCUGCAAAAGGACCAGCACAGACGCUUCGGGGCCAUCGCCGACUUUUUAGAAAUCAAGAAUCACACAUUUUUCUCUCCAAUCAACUGGGAUGACAUUUACCACAAGAGAAUCACUCCUCCUUACAACCCGAACGUGAGGGGCCCUGCCGACACUCAGCAUAUCGACCCCGAGUUCACCAGAGAAAUGGUUCCUAAUUCUGUAAGUCGGACGCCAGAAUUCAACGCCAGCACGAGCGCCAACAAUGCAUUCAAUGGCUUUUCCUACGUGGCCAGCGAAGAUAGUUAUCUAUGAGGGAACACAAUGAAUGGCUAGCAAACACCAAGUGUGGCCCUUAAUAUAAGGAAGAUGUGGUGGACAACCGCAGUGAAGUGCCCAAUGUAAGCGUUCACAAUCACGGCAUUUGGAAACAGAAUGAGUGGAGUUGAAAGAUCCACACUUAAUGCAGUCCUGUUUUAUCUGCUAAAGCAAUGGUUCUCCAUGUUGUCACCCAGGGGCCUGCAUUUUUCCUAUUUUUGCUUAUUUAUCAGAAGUAAAGUACAGUAAAGAACAUGAGGUAUUCCAAAAUUAGCAGUUAAAAAGCAUAUGUAAAUCAUAUUCCGUAUUAGAGCAAAUGCUAAUAUGCUUAGAAUGCUUCUCACAGCACCUUAUUUAGAAAGUAAGGCUGAACAUGACCUUUUUGUAUACAAAAAUGAUGUGCAUUUGGACGUGGAAGCUGUAAAUUGAAUUGCCCAUACUUGGAUUAAUAAAGUUGU